UAGAGCGGUGGAGUUGAGCCUGAAUGAAAGUGGCGCGCCGCCCCUGACGUAACCCGGGUAGGAGCGGCCGGGAUUCGGACCCCCGCUGGGCUUCGGGGGUCUCGGACGUCUGGUGCGGAGCGGACCGCGAGGAGGCGGCGGACGCACGGCGAACGUUGUUGGAGGGGGCGACUCUGCGCGGCCCCAAGACAUGGCUCACAACAAGAUCCCGCCGCGGUGGCUGAACUGUCCGCGGCGGGGCCAGCCGGUGGCAGGAAGAUUCUUACCUCUGAAGACAAUGUUAGGACCAAGAUACGAUAGUCAAGUUGCUGAAGAAAAUCGGUUCCAUCCCAGUAUGCUCUCAAAUUAUCUAAAGAGUCUGAAGGUUAAAAUGGGCUUGUUGGUGGACCUGACAAAUACUUCAAGGUUCUAUGACCGAAACGACAUAGAGAAAGAAGGAAUCAAAUAUAUAAAACUUCAGUGUAAAGGACAUGGUGAGUGUCCUACAGCUGAGAACACUGAGACAUUUAUUCGUCUGUGUGAGCGGUUUAAUGAAAGAAACCCGCCUGAACUUAUAGGUGUUCAUUGUACCCAUGGUUUCAAUCGCACUGGUUUCCUCAUAUGUGCCUUUUUGGUGGAGAAAAUGGAUUGGAGUAUUGAAGCAGCAGUUGCUACUUUCGCUCAAGCCAGACCACCAGGAAUUUAUAAGGGUGAUUAUUUGAAAGAACUUUUUCGUCGCUAUGGUGAUAUAGAGGAAGCACCACCCCCACCUCUAUUGCCAGAUUGGUGUUUUGAGGAUGAUGAAGAUGAAGAUGAGGAUGAGGAUGGAAAAAAGGAAUCAGAACCCGGGUCAAGUGCCUCCUUUGGCAAAAGGAGAAAAGAGCGGUUAAAACUGGGUGCUAUUUUCUUGGAAGGUGUAACUGUGAAAGGUGUAACUCAAGUAACAACUCAACCAAAGUUAGGAGAGGUACAGCAGAAGUGUCAUCAGUUCUGUGGCUGGGAAGGGUCUGGAUUCCCUGGAGCACAGCCUGUUUCCAUGGACAAGCAAAAUAUUAAACUUUUGGAGCAGAAGCCAUAUAAAGUAAGCUGGAAAGCAGAUGGUACUCGAUAUAUGAUGCUGAUUGAUGGCACAAAUGAAGUUUUUAUGAUUGACAGAGAUAAUUCAGUGUUUCAUGUUUCAAAUCUGGAAUUUCCAUUCCGUAAAGACCUCCGUAUACAUCUAUCAAAUACUCUUUUGGAUGGGGAAAUGAUUAUUGACAGAGUAAAUGGACAGGCCGUUCCUAGAUACUUGAUAUAUGACAUAAUUAAAUUCAAUGCACAGCCAGUUGGAGAUUGCGAUUUUAAUGUUCGUCUGCAGUGUAUAGAACGAGAAAUAAUAAAUCCUCGACAUGAAAAAAUGAAGACUGGACUCAUUGACAAAACACAGGAACCAUUUAGUGUCAGAAAUAAGCCAUUUUUUGACAUCAACACUUCCAGAAAGCUACUUGAAGGAAAUUUUGCCAAGGAAGUCAGCCAUGAAAUGGAUGGACUUAUCUUCCAGCCUACUGGAAAAUACAAACCUGGUCGAUGUGAUGAUAUUUUGAAAUGGAAGCCCCCUAGUCUGAAUUCUGUGGAUUUUCGCUUAAAGAUAACAAGAAUGGGGGGAGAAGGGUUACUUCCUCAGAAUGUUGGCCUUCUCUAUGUUGGAGGUUAUGAAAGACCCUUUGCACAAAUCAAGGUGACAAAAGAGCUAAAACAGUAUGACAACAAAAUUAUAGAAUGCAAAUUUGAGAACAACAGCUGGGUCUUCAUGAGACAGAGAACAGACAAAAGUUUUCCUAAUGCCUACAACACUGCGAUGGCUGUGUGCAACAGCAUCUCAAACCCUGUCACCAAGGAGAUGCUGUUUGAGUUCAUCGACAGAUGUGCGGCAGCUUCCCAAGGACAGAAGCGAAAGCAUCAUCUGGACCCGGACACGGAGCUCAUGCCCCCACCGCCUCCCAAAAGACCACGCCCUUUGACCUAAGACCUGCUUCAGCUUCAGGAUUGAGCGGGAAGAUGAAUGAGAAAAAUGCUUUUGCCCCAUUUUUGCAGACAGAGAAGUUUAAAAAAGAGUGUGGCUUGAUGUUGAUACACAUUUGAAUUUUUUUUAAAAAAGAAAAGUAUUGUAGCCAGCCUGUAAAUAUUUGAUGCAUUUGUUUCCUCAGCGCUGCAAUACAUCAUGAACUUAACCAUUUUAUUUAUACCUGAUAAACUUAGCCUUACCUUGUGGGAUCUGAAGACCGAAAUAUCCAAAGGUUUAAAUGAGAUUGAAAUCAAUGAAAAAGAGGCCUUGUUUAUAUACGGAUUACUUUCACCUCUAAUUUAUAAAGCUAGCAAUCUGGAACUGUGAGCGCAUAGAACACUGUAUUUUUUAGAAGUUGUAUUUCAACUAUGGUAAAUUUUCCUUUUAAAAAAUUUAGGCAAUGGCAUUAAACAUUCUUGCUAUCAUUUAUCAUGGAUUUCCUACAUUUAUGAGAAUCUUGGAUUCAAGAACAAAUGACAAGGUUGUUAAGUAUUGUAUUAUAUUAAACAACUUGGUCUGGCUUAUAUCAUUUUAAGAAUUUUUUUUGGAAGUGUAAAAGUACAAAAGUAAAGCUCCAUGUUUGUGAACUGCAUCCUAGAAAGGAAGUGUAUUGAGUGUUUCCAUCUGUUUCUGUUGUUUGAACUACAGUAUCGGAUGUCCAGCGUGUCCCUCCUGGCAGUGGUCUGAGCUCCUCAGAGGACUUAGAUCUGCACCGCCGGCUCCUGCACGUGUUGUUCCUGGGAGACUUUUUUUAACGCCAGGGCUACUUCUGCUUUACCUCAGUGGCACCAGCACGUUGUCAAUUACAUUAAAACACGCAACUCACUGUGACUAUGGGGGUGAUAUCAAGACAGACGAUGUCGUACCGGUUCCCUCACCUAAAACGCUGAAGGAAAUGCCAGCUGCCUCCUUCGACUAGAAGGUAAUGUGUCGCUAGGAAAUGCUCUCCCACUGCUAGUAAAUGCAGAGGCAAGGAGGAGGCCUCCGUAGGAACUAAACAUCAAGGACACCGACACAUUCAUUUUCAAAGCCAGAAUUCUAUCUGUAUUCUGUUCUGGGAAUGCUCUUUCUGUUGUGUAUCUGAAUUUUAAAAUGUUUGCUGAUAGAUAAUGGAUUUAAAGAGCAGCUAAUUGGUCAUCUGCCCUUGUUGAGAAACUUGUGCUCUGAUUGGUUUGUGAAGGAACUCUGAGAAUUAGCCAAUUAGAGGCUAAUGUAUUUAUUUUUAGAGGUACAGGUUUUAAGUAUGUGUAUUUAAAACAAAUUUCCAUGAUCUGAAUUUUAUACAUGUAUAUGCAUAUAUACGUGAGUAUAUGCAACAGUGUAUUUUUGUCUACUAAAACAGUCAGACAUGAAAAUCCAAACAAGUUACCUACUAGACUGAAUAUCUGACAGGAUUUCUAUAUGAUAUAGCACAAAUUAACCAAAAAUGUGUUUAUAGUCACCUGAGUUUUAAUGUUUUUAAACAAAGUUUUCUCCUGCAGUGCUUUUCUAUAUGAAAUACUAGUUGUGCUUGGACUUUUUCCUUUGUUGUCCUCAAGUUAUGUAACAUAUAGUGAAUUUAUCCAAAAUGCCAUUGUAGUGUUGCUUUCCUAGAGUGGUUUUAUGUGUCUGGGCACGUAAGGGAUUAAAACACCCGACUGCCACAAUGACUGUGGAAAGAUGGAAAUUUCUCAAGGUUCCAUAGUGUGUUUUGUAGAGUGGAUCCAAACAAAUGCCUAUGCAACUCCAUGUGGUCUGACACCUCCUUCAGCAGGAUUAGUGACUGCACACGGUGUGUUGCUGUCCUCCGAGCCUGUGUGAAGGCAGCCCUUUUGCCGAUCUGAGAGCAAGCUUUGCCAAUGAUCUUUAAUGCAGUUAAAAUGUUUAUGGUAAUUGUAACCUUUUAAAUGAGGUAUGUGAAAAGAGCAUCUCAUUUUUAAUACACCCAGAUAUUUUCUCCUUGCCUUUGUGCAUUUCCAGGACUUAACUGUCUUAAUUUAUCCUUUCCUUCCACUUACAGUGAAGUAUAAUAGUUGGCUGCAUAAGUAGGUCCUAUUUAACCCCUGAACACCUACCAUCUGAGUAUCAUAACAAGUCAUCUAGAAAGUCAGGAGGGAAAUCCAGAGGCAGGGUUUGGGACAUCAUGAAGGAAACACUUCGCCCACUCCCGGUAACUGUUUUCUGACACUGAAGUUUUGUAGAGAAGAAUAAGAAAACUUUGCUUUCCUGAGUUGUCACAUAUGAAGCUUUUGCUUUCUGUUUGGAAAAGAUGUGGAUGACUCGACUGCCUGGAUGGUUACUUUGCUUUCCGUGAAAUGCCCAGAAAGCGUCAGGACAUUCCUUCUCUGAUUGUGUGUCAGUGCAUAUUGUAAUAAAACUACUGAUUUAAAAUAA